CAGUAGAGAAACAAGCACACAACUCAUGGUUACAGGUUCACUAGGAGAGGGACCACUGUGAGCUUUCUUUUCAGUUUACGUUCAUGAUGGCGUCCGCAUUGAGAGCAAACCUAUGUACUCUGGCAAAGGGUCUGAGCGGUGCCCGGUUGCAGCCGCUGUGCGCCCGCUCCCUGAGUUUGACUGGCAGUCAGAAUGUCCCGGAGGCUCCCCCGGCACGUGCUGACAGCACCUUCAAGGUCACCAUGGUCCCUGGAGAUGGAGUCGGACCUGAGCUGAUGACUGUGGUCAAAGAGGUUUUCAAGGCAGCUGAUGUUCCUGUGGAGUUUGAGGAGUUUCAUCUGAGCGAGGUGCAGAACAUGGCCAGUGAAGAGAAACUGGAUGAGGUGCUGGCCUCCAUGAAGAACAACAGAGUCGCCAUUAAAGGGAAGAUUCACACUCCCAUGGAGUACAAGGGUGAGCUGGCAUCAUAUGAAAUGAGACUGAGGAGAAAGCUGGACUUGUUUGCCAAUGUAGUUCAUGUGAACAGCCUCCCAGGUUACAGCACCCGUCACAAUAACCUGGAUCUGGUCAUCAUCCGUGAGCAGACAGAGGGAGAAUACAGCUCUCUGGAGCAUGAGAGCGUUCCCGGAGUGGUUGAGUGCCUGAAGAUCAUCACCAGAGUGAAAUCUCGCCGGAUUGCCAAAUUUGCAUUCGACUACGCCACCAAAAAGGGCCGAAGCAAAGUGACAGCUGUACACAAAGCGAACAUUAUGAAACUCGGGGAUGGUCUCUUUCUGCAGAGCUGUGCAGAAGUGGCUGAGCUUUACCCCAAGAUUAAAUACGAAAACAUAAUCAUUGAUAAUUGCUGCAUGCAGCUUGUGCAGAAUCCAUACCAGUUCGAUGUGCUCGUGAUGCCUAAUCUCUACGGCAACAUCAUUGAUAACCUGGCUGCAGGGCUGGUGGGCGGAGCAGGUGUUGUUCCAGGGGAGAGUUUUAGCGCCGAGUAUGCUGUGUUUGAGACGGGUGCCAGACAUCCCUUUGCUCAUGCAGUUGGCAGAAAUAUCGCCAACCCCACCGCUAUGCUCCUCAGUGCAUCUAACAUGCUGAGACACCUAAAUCUUGAGUAUCAUGCAAACAUGGUUUCUGAGGCUGUUAAGAAAGUCAUUAAGCAGGGCAAGGUGAGGACGCGAGACCUAGGGGGUUACAGCACCACUGGUGACUUUGUCCGUGCAGUUGUGGCCAACCUGCGCCAUCGGACUGUUUGAGGAUGCUUUCCAAACCCAGUGUCUAUCCCGGAUCACCCUUUACCUGCUACUUGUUUUAAAACAGUCUUGUUACAACCUUAUUCCUGUCCUCGCCAUCUUUUUCGACAUUUUCAUUUAUUCACUUUGUUUUCUUUUCAUUGCCUCUGCUUUUAUUCCCUCACCUCCUUUUUCUCCUUUUUCUGCCUGGUUAUGUUUCUAUUUUAUUUUAUUUUUUUCUUGAAUUCAUUAGAUUUCUUUACUUUCCUUAGUGUUUCUCACAGUAUCCAUCCUUGACCAGAAUUAUGUCUGACAUUGUUUUACGUUUUACUGCACUGCUGUUGCUUUUUCACUCCAGUUUAAAAUUUUCGUUUUUUUUUUUUUAUUAUUAUUAUAAGCUGCUCGGCCUAUCUUUCAAUACAUUGCACAGUUAAGAGUGGGUUGAUUGGAAACCACGCACAAGUUGUCUCAUGAAUUAUUCAUGCAUCCGUUGAAUUGACUUAUGUCAGUUGUCUGUUUUUCUCAAUGUCAAAAAAUAAAUAUAUAAAACCAAAUGGAUUAAACAUGGUCACUUUCUAAACAGUCACUGGUAUUGUUUUGAUUGCUUGAAUGUUUGAGGACUUCUUAUCCCUGUUCUUACAUAUUACGCUUUUCAUUAAAGUGAAUAUGAAGAUAACAAGCAUCUUAGUUUUGAGCAUGGUCUUAAAAAAGCAGUGAACUUGUGUGCCCAGUGUGUGCUGAAAGUUUGUAAGGAAACCACAUGCGUUUAUCACGUGUGCACAUCACAUCCACGUGAACAGACAGCUGAAACUCUGUAUGAAAUGUAUUACUUUCUUUGGUGAAGGUGCGCACAUCAGACCUGGGAGGCUACGCGUCAAGCAAUGAGUUUACAAGGGCUGUCAUCGCUUAUCUGGCUGUCUAAACCAGUACCAGCUCUUCAAAUACUGUCUUAAACACAAUCCACAACAGUGGUUGUCCAUUCUCAAAUGUACUCCCAAACAUUUCUGGUCCAAUAUUUCCCAUUUUCCUUGCUCAAACCUUGCGGUCCAUCUAACUUUUAGACUUAUCACUCCAAGCAUAUAGCCUGAAAUGGAGCAUGAAUCUUGUAAGAUUAAUAUCUUCUGGUUUGCUGUUCUCUGAUAAGCAUCAGUGACCUACCCACUAUUAUAGAAUGGUACUGUAUUGCUUUUUUUAUGCUGCUUAAUGAAAAUACAUUUAUUCCACUAUUUAUUAACU